CUUUCCGUUUCAUGUAGACGCACGUGUUCUCGCAUAAGAGUUGGAGGCAUUUUCGUGUGAAGAGCAUUCGAACGCUUGCAUAUAAUUCGUUAUGGGUAAACCAGCAUUUUCACCAGGUGGUAGAGGUGGCGGCUAUGGAGGUGGUCGCGGUGGUGGUCGUGGAGGAGGUAGAUCAAGUUUCGGCGAAGGUCGUGGAGGUGGUAGAGGUGGAAGAGGUGGUGGUCCUCCACGUGGAGGACGAGGUGGAGGUCGAGGAGGAAGAGCAAGCAGUGGUGGUGGUGGUUUUAAAGGAGGAAAGAAUGUAAUAAUAGAACCACAUCGUCAUGAGGGAGUGUUUAUAGCCCGAGGAAGGGAAGAUGCAUUAGUAACCUUGAGCUUGGUACCAGGGCUAGCAGUAUAUGGAGAAAAAAGAAUUAGUGUUGAGUCUGAUAAACCUGGCGAAGAAAAGAGUGAGAAGAUAGAGUAUAGAGUAUGGAAUCCAUUUCGAUCCAAGUUAUCUGCCGCUAUUCUCGGAGGCGUUGAUAAAAUUUAUAUGCCUCGCGGAAGCAAAGUAUUGUAUCUAGGUGCAGCAUCUGGUACCACUGUGUCCCAUGUCGCUGACAUAAUUGGUCCGGAAGGAACUGUGUUCGCUGUUGAAUUCUCCCAUCGAACAGGAAGAGAUUUAAUUGAUGUCGCUAAAAGAAGGAGCAACAUUAUACCUAUAGUCGAGGACGCGAGACACCCUCACAAGUACAGAAUGCUUGUAGGGAUGGUAGACACUAUAUUCUCGGAUGUCGCACAACCGGACCAAGCAAGAAUCGUUUCGCUGAAUGCACAGAAUUUCCUAAAGAACGGCGGACAUUUUGUCAUCUCUAUUAAA